CAAUUUUUUUCCGUAUACAAAAGAGUUUUGACAUUCGAUAAGAUAACAUUGUAUCGUUCGAUUUUCCGCUGUUGGCUUUACAAAAAAAAAUCACUGAAAAAAUGUCCACAGCCAUUGGAAAUCAGGAGAAUAUCUUUCUCUUUGUGCCAAAUUUAAUCGGAUAUGGUCGUAUCGUCUUGGCAGUCAUUGCAUUCUAUUUUAUGCAAACAAACUAUGUGAUUGCCGGAUGGUGCUACAUCAUCAGUGCACUGCUGGAUGCGGUCGACGGUCAUGCAGCUAGGGCUUUCAAUCAAAGUACAAAGUUUGGAGCUAUGCUCGAUCAAUUGACCGAUAGAUGUGGAACUAUGGGUUUGUUGGUGGCAUUGAGUUACUUCUAUCCGAAGUAUAUGUUUUGGUUUCAAUUAUCUAUGGCCAUAGACAUUGCAUGUCACUGGAUCUAUUUGCACACAUCAACGUUGCAGGGAAAAACGUCUCACAAGUUCUUUGAUCCAAACGAUAAUCCAAUCAUGAGACUCUACUAUCGAAAGGACAUUUUGACAUUCAUGUGCUGUGGCAAUGAACUCUUCUAUUCCGCUUUGUACGUGCUCUACUUCACUAAUGGACCGACAAUUCUCGGACUAUCAUUGCUCAAAGUAGCCGCUGUUCUAUCAGCUCCAGUUGCUUUCGUCAAAGCAUUGAUCUCAUUACUACAUGCGUAUGUUGCUGCGCAGAACCUUACUAUCAUUGACGCCGCCGAACGUGAAAACAAUCGAAAGAAGGAACUGUCGAAAAAACCUGAAUAAAUAAAGUUACAGCAACAAAGCGAUGCGAAUCGAACAAAAUUAAAUCUAGAAUGAAGAGACAUUCUGUUUCCAAUUAAAUUAAACAAAAAAAAAAAAUAUUUUUCUGUAUGUUAGCUGGUCCAUACACAAACGAUUUUGUCGUUGAAAUUUGUUUAGUAGAAUCUAGCAACUAGUAAGGGGACUACCUACCAUUGGAGUGGAAAUGGAUAAUUUGAUGCUAGAUCAAGGCAUUCCAUUUCCCCUACAACAGAACAGUCUCGUUGCAUAUUAAGUAUAAAUAUUCGUGUCGGUGUAUCCCCUGGGUUAAUAGAAAAAAAUUCUAAUGUGGAAAAUAGUCUUAAGCUUAUAACGUUUAUGGAUGAGUGUUGUUGGUUAAUUAUAUUGCUUGUUUUUCUGUUGUUUUUCUUCUUUAAUUUAAUUAAAUAAUUUCAUGGUCACUGUGAAGUGAACUAGCGUUGUACUAGAAAAUGCUGUGUUAAUCGUAACUCAUUUAACUGAUGUAGAUGAACGUACUGUUGUCGGUGGACGAAAUUAAUUGAGUUAAAUAAAUUGUAAAAAAACGGAGCCACAAAAGGAGAAUGUUGUUAAACCAUGGAACAGGAACUGAUAUUCGGUCAGAAGUAGUACAUAUUCUUACAGGCAAAGUCCUCACGCUUAACUUAUCUAAAAUUGGGUUGAUUUAUCGAGCUUCCUUCUUCUACGGGAAGAAAAAAUAGACAAAAAUCGGGUUGCUGUUACCGAACCGAAUGGUUGUUCUUCGUGUUGAAUAGAGUCUCGACCAUACAAUCCGAGGAAUUUAAAGAACCCAAGCGAAACAGCUUCGAAAUGUAAAGAAUUUCCGUUGGUAAAGGUCAUUGACCUUAAACGAAACAUAAUCCAAGCAUCGAAAUCACCAGCAAGAAGAAUCAUGUUCGAGAUUCAGCCUUGUUAAUUAGAUCGGUGCUUAGAUGCUUUAAUGAGAAUUCAAAUUCCGAAUUGCAAUUACUCGGUAUGAGGCGUCCGAACCUUCCAUACAGUGUUCCAUUUAUUGUAAUCAUUUUUAGUGAUAGUUGAUCCAAUGAUUUUCGGCCAUUCACGUGAUGAAGGAGUUGUCAAUUAAAUUCAAUCUUCAAAUCAACAGAAUAAAUUACUUGAUUGUUAGUCGGUAGCUUCCAAUGGCACAUUUGUUAGCGUAAAGUCUAUCAGUUAGUUAAAAACCUGAACCAUGAGUUGUAUCUGAAGCUCAUGUCUUUUGAAUUUUAACACCGUACUAAUACCUACCGAUUACUAAUCAUUAACAGUCAUAACAUCAAAUCCUAUGUUCUGAAACAACAGAUUCUGAAACACGCUCGAAGAUUGGUUCAACAGAUUUCUCGCAUAUAAAAUGUCCUUAAAAUGUCAAUUUUUGGCCUAAACAUUCUUAAAAUUGAUUUUUAUAACUGUGAAGCCAUGAAGCUAUUUAUGGCCAAAUGGUUAAAAAUGUCGAUCAUGAGGCCAAAAAUUUAAGUUUCUUUUUAGUACACAAAAUAUCUCUGAGUUCAUCAUGAAGGCAGUGGUAGCAAACGAAUUUUUAGCGGCUCCUUCUUCACCUUAAAAGAGUUCGUUUUAUGGAACGAAAUCUGUUGAAUCUUUCGAAUCUGGGUACCAACCAAUAUCGAGUGUGUCUUAGCCUGUUAUUUCAGAAUAUUCAUUAAAUCCCUUGAAAACUACGAAUACGUUCUCUGUAAUUUGUGGUACGUUCUGAUCGAGUUUUUGAAAAUACCCGUAUUGAUGUCAGGGCAAAUGAGUCGCAUUUAUUUUAAACAACGAACGAAAGUUCGAUAUUAGACUUGUUUUUGCAUAAGCGAAAAUCGAUAUUUUUUAUGAUUUUUUAGUUUAAACACUUUGCAAAACGAAUUGCGCUUGCAUAUGAAUUAAAAAGUCUUAAGUUUGCACCUGGAAACAAAACUAUUUUUGUAAUUGAACUCACAGAUAUAUAUUUAUUGAAAAAUGAACAAUGUGAAAAAAGAGGGGACGGGGAACAUUACCAAAUGUGAAGCAGAGCAGAAAAUUCAAUUUAUUUUCUAAGUAAUAAGAAAAGUCAAAAUUGAAACAUUGAACUCAAAAAAUGAGAUGCAUGUACCUUGUAUAAGUAAAACAAAACAAACAAAAACCAAUGUCUUUGUAGUCAUUCAGUCGAUUUAAUGGUGAUUGUUCAAAUAUAAAAAUGUUUAAAAAUA